AUUUAGAAACCUAGAGUUCUGUAAUGCCGUAAGCUGUUCUUUCUAGGUUGACGUUCAAGAACCUUUCGAUCCUCGAAAAGUUACGAUUCUAAACGCAGGGUUGAAACGAAACGUUAAGUCGAAGAAGGAGUCGCAGUUCGAUGUCAAUUUCAAGGAUGCUGGGAAAGCUGAAGUGGAAGUGGUCGUAUCUAAGGACAACAAAAAGAUUGAUGCUCAAGUGACCGACAAUAAAAACGGAAUUUGCACUGUCAAAUUUACACCGGAUUCUCCGGGCAUCUACACAGCCUCCGUCCGUUUUGGAGGUAAAGAAGUACCAAACUCGCCUUUCACUUUCAACGUAGAGCCACAUCUGGAUGUUAGCGGAGUCAAGAUCGAAAACCUUUAUCAAAAGAACUACAUCAAUUCCAUAUCUGAGUUCACAAUCGACGCGACAAGCGUGAAGCAGAAAGUAGGAACUGCUCCGGUCAAAGUGAUCAUCUUAUCGCCCUCGAAGCGACAGAUUCCGUGCAAUAUCAGUGACCAACGAGACAACAUGUAUACCGUGACAUUUAGUCCGACUGAGGAAGGUACGCAUGAACUGAACGUUCUCUACGACGGAGUUCCCGUAAGCCAGCGUCCAUUGACUUUCGAGUGCGUUAGCGGCUUCGACGAAACUCGAUGUUCAGCACAUGGACCCGGACUCGAAAGGGGAAUCGUGGGAAAGCCAUGCGAAUUCACGGUGGACACCAAGGGAGCCGGCGUAGGCCAGCUGAACCUGAUGAUCGAAGGACCGUCGAAGGCAAUAAUUAAUCAGGUGGACGACAAGCAAGACGGAUCCUGCGCUGUGCGAUACGAGGUAUCCGAACCUGGCGAAUAUAAAAUAUCGAUCUAUUUUGGUGACAGGCAUAUAUUAGGCAGUCCUUUCCAUUCGACCAUCGAACACAAGGUUGAUCCCAGCAAAGUAAUUGCGUUUGGUCCAGGGGUCGAACAGAGCCAUUGUCGUGCCGAAGUGCCGCUGGUGUUCCAAGUGGACGCAGGUCGCAGCGGAUACGCUCCACUGAGUGUUACAUUGGAUCCGGAAACACCGGUUCAUUCUACUCAUAAACAGCCGCCGGUCACAAUCAUAGAGAAGGGCAAAAAUCUGUACGAAGUUACGUACUACGCCCCGCCGGUGGGCACAACGUUCGACCUGCACGUGCUUCAUGGUGGAAAGGACAUCCAAAACAGCCCUUAUCGACUCAAAGUGUUGCCGAAGUUCGAACCUGGUAAAGUAAAAAUUAAAGGCAUGGACGUGGAAUCGUUGGGUGAGGUACCGGCGAGUCUACCUCUGACUUUGACUUUGGACAGUACGGCUGCGGGAGUUGCCGACAUCGAAGCCUCAAUCAUGGACCCAAACAACCAGUUGCGCCCGAUACAGGUGACCGAGUACGAAACCGGACUCACCGAUAUAACUUUCGUUCCGGACGAUAUUGGCUCGUACAUCGUGGACGUCAAGUUCGCGAACGAAGAGGUGCCCGGCUCACCGUUUAAACUGAAGAGCUACGCGGUUGGAGACGCGGAAAAAUGCUGGAUCGCCGAAGGUCGGGAAGAAAUUGUCCCCAUCAAUCACUCCCUUUGUACCCGCGUCAUAUGCGACGACGAUCAGAAUGCUGCCGUUACGUGUCGAAUAACUCCUCUCGACCCCGACCUUCGCAGACCUGACAUUAAUGUGAAGAAGUCAACAAACGACAAUGUUUACUCAAUAUACUAUACACUGCGCAGUCCAGGAGCGUACAAAGCCGCUAUUAAAUAUGGAGGAAAUCCAAUUAAGUAUGGCGAAUGGAUAAUCAGGGCUGUUUCGAGAGAAGAUUUUGAUGAACUGAAAAAACAGAACAAGUUGCUGGGAUCGUUCGAGGGUUUGCCAGAGCAGUUCUGGAACUUUGCCUUAAAUGCUGGAGCCGGCAAAGUAACGGCUGAGGUGAUACUUCCAAGUAAGAGCGUGGACGUUCCGACUGUCAUCGAGAAUGACGACGGCUCGAUUACGGUCCGCUAUCAACCGCAAGAGAGAGGCAUCCACGAGCUUCACAUCAAGCAAAAUGGUGCUCACGUUAAAGGUAGCCCUUUCACCUUUGAGGUAGAACAGAUUGGUGAAGGAUUCGUCACAGUUUACGGUGCUGGUCUCUGUGGUGGUACUGCUGGUCAGCCUGCCGCCUUCACGAUCUGUGCCAAGGAUCUUCGGGACAUCAAAGGCACGUUAAUGACGUUGGCCAGAUUCAGCGCCCGUUUCUUAGGUCGCAAUGACGGGGAGAAAAAGAAGAGGGCAAACAUUUCCGUCGGAUCGACCAACGAGGUUUCGCUGAAGGUGGCCCAGGAAGAUGUGAUAGGACUCAGCGCUACGAUCACAAGUCCGUCUGGCAUCGAAGAGCCAUGCACUAUCAGACGAGUGGACAAGAAUCUUCUUGGUAUAUCGUUUACUCCGCGCGAAGCCGGCGAGCAUUUGAUAACGGUGAAGAAGGGGGACACGUUGGUGCCCGGCUCCCCCUUCCGUAUUAUGGUCAAAGCAGCGGACGUAGGCGAUGCCUCGAAGGUCGCCGUCUCUGGAACUGGACUGAAGACUGCGCAUACGCAGCAACCAAACACCUUCUUCGUAGAUACCAGGAAAGCUGGCAGUCCGUUUACUGUUACCUGCGCUGGCGAAGGGCUAGGUAUGGUGACCAACAAGACCGAACAGAUGCAAGAUGCUCCACCGGUAAUACAGCCAGGAGAUGAAUGUCAGCUCUACUUCAAAAUACCUGAGGCUAAUCCUGCGGAUAUGUCCGCAAUGAUGAUGCAUCCGGACGGCUUAGUGGAAGACGUCGAACUGACCAGCGCAUCCGACGGCGUUUACAUCGUUCGAUUCACUCCUAGAAUUCCCGGCCUGCAUACAAUUUCCAUUCUUCAUAAAGGAAUACAUGUUUCAGGUAGCCCCUUUCAGUACACCGUCGGACCUCUGUCCGAAGGUGGAGCUCACAAAAUCCGUGCUGGUGGUACCGGCCUCGUGAAAGGCGAGGUGAAUAAAUCAUGCAUUUUCAACAUUUACUGCCGCGAGGCUGGCGUCGGCGUAUUGUCGGUGAUAAUGGAGGGACCGUCUAAAGCCGACCUGACCCUGAAACAGCUGAAAGACGGCAACUGUUUCGUUUCCUAUUUGGUGUCCAAACCAGGCGAAUACACAGUGGCGAUACUGUUCGAUGAGAUGCACAUACCAGACAGUCCUUUCAGAGUUUAUAUAUCGCCGGGACCUGGAGAAGGCCAAGCAUUGGAAGUUUCUUCGUUACCGUACUCGCCUGGUUUACCGACAGAUAAACCAAUCGCGCUGAACAUAUCAUCCCAUGGUGCCAAAGGCAAGCUUGAAGCAAAAGUUAUAAAUCCGAACGGAGUUGAAGAGGAAUGUCAAAUAAACCCCACCGAAGAAGGAGGCUCAUAUGUAAUCCGUUUCACGCCGAAAGAAUGCGGAAAUUAUUAUGUCCACCUGAAGAUCGACGGUGUGCCCGUAAAGGAUUCGCCAUUCCUCAUUCGUGUUGGUGAACCUAUCGGAAGUGAUCCAGCGGCCAUUGUGGUCAGUGGCUCUGGCUUAAGCACUGGUGAAACAGGUCAUAACUGCGAAUUUCUCGUCGACAAUAGCCAAGCUGGAGCUGGCAAUUUGCAAGUUCAGAUUGACGGCCCAAGCAAAGUAGCUCUGGGUGCGUACGAAGUGGACAAGGGCUACGUUAUACGUUACACGCCCAUGGCGCCAGGCGUCUACUUCCUCGCCAUAAAGUAUAACGGCAUUCACAUUCCUGGUUCUCCGUUUAAGGUGCUUAUUACCGGUAAAACUCUGGUUGGAACCGAAUACAGCGAAUCGUCGCGCAUCAACAUAGCAGCCGUUUCCAAAUCUCCCACCGUUUCAACAUCGGUCUACAACGGAGAUGCUUCCAAAGUGAAAUGUAGGGGAGCUGGCUUGAAGAGAGCGUACGUUGGGCGCAAGAACACUUUCUCCGUAGACUGCUCAAGCGCA